AACAGUGGGAUGAUUUUAUUCCGCAAUACAACAUUAGUAACUCUCCGGUUUUAAAACUCGUAUUUCGAACCUACUGUCAGAUGUGACGUUCGUGCUGACAUUCAGCGGGCUAAGUUCAGAGCACUGGAGCUCGUAAAACAAUCGUAAAAUCGUCGACCUGUGGGCUGCCUUGCGAUAAAGGAGUAGCGGCGGUGAAGGAUGGGAAAUUACGUAUCACUAUACUUGACCAACCCAAAGGGUACUCCGGUACCGCUAACGGAGCCGAGUUUCGAUCCGAACCUUGGUUUCCCCAAUGGCAGGAAAGCACGGGUGAUGAUUGCCACAGAAGAGGAAAUGGAAGCGGCAAAGCUGCCCUUAGAAAACCGGGAUUACUGUGCCCACAAACUGAUCCAAUACCGCGCUUGCCGGGGCGAUGUUUGGCCGUGGGCCUACAAGUGCGCCCACGAGAAGCACGAGUAUUUGAACUGCGAGUAUGACGAUUACAUCCUGCGGCUGAAGGAGUACGAACGCGAGAAGAGAUUGCUACAGCGAAAAGUUAAACUCGAAAAGAAGCAAGCGCAGGAACUGGCCGCAUAACCAACGUCUGUUUGUUUUUCACUUCGCUUCUUGGGGGCAGGAUGUGCAUAAAUCGGUAAUAGAGUAACAUAUUUGAAACAACAAUC